CAGGAACACAGGCAGCGAGAUAUUCCUGACUCCUUUCCCUCAUUCCAACACGGGUUUUAUGAUGCUGCUUCCGCGGCAGUUUAUUGCCGAGUAUGCGCGUCAACCGGAGGCCAUCGUCUCGUUCAAUAAAUACGUGCGGGACGUAAUGCAUCCAAAAUACAGUUUGUUCGGGGCCAACAUCCUUGAUAACAACCUCCAAAAGCCUAUUGUAUAUAGGGAGCUCUAUCAGAAGCUUGGUAAUAAGAUAGAGAUGAUGAGCACUGAGCUGGUCGGCGCCCUAAAUGAUGUCCUGCUUCCGCAACUUGACGAGAACGGAUACCUAGAUGCCACCGUUCAUUACGCAGUCAAUAUGUUCUCGCGGGCGGUGUACAUACGUUUUAUCCCGCGUUUCCUAAGGCCUCUGCUAGCUCCGCUGGUCCGCCGCUCACUUUCGCGAGACCGUAAAAUUGUGGCUAAACAUGCGGUGCCCAUUAUCAAAGAACGCAUGCGGAUCCUUGAAACCGCUGAGGGGAAGGGUAUCGAGGCCGACCUGCCGAAUGACCUCCUGAGCCAAGCCAUUGUAGCAGCUCGCAGGGAAAAACACUCAUAUAUAGAGUAUGACCCGAUGCAGAUUGUUAGUCGGCUCUUGGCCUUCAACUUCCUGCAGUCAUACUCUAACACCCUCAUAAUGACCAAUUGUAUCUAUGAUCUGAUCUCUCUUCCUAAAGGGGUUUUUGAGGAGACUGUCGCAGACCUCUGCGAAGAAAUCAACAGGGAACUCGCAAAAGGCGACCCAUGGUCUUAUGACUAUAUCAAGAGGCUGGACGUCAUGGAUUCUUUCAUCAGAAAGAGUCUUCGCGCAAAUCCCAUCGGCGAGGUUGGCCUCGAGCGAACAAUUAUGAGCAAGGAGGGCUUCACCUUUUCCAACGGUUUGCAUGUCCCUCAAGGCACCACCCUUGCGGCUCCGCUCAAAGCUAUCCAGAGGGAUAAAGACAACUACCCUAGCGGCUUUGACCCCAAGCGCUCCCUCCGGGAUCCAGCAAAGCCCAAGAUAACGACAAGCUCCCCAGAGUUCCUCAACUUCGGUCUCGGACAUCCUGCCUGUCCUGGGCGAUGGUUCGCUGCUAGCCUUCAAAAGCUUGCCUUUUCGCAUCUUCUCCUUGAAUAUGACUUCGUUCGAGUGGAUCAGCGACCUCCGGGAGUCCGGAAAGUGACUUUAGUUGAACCCUGCGGCAGAUCCCUGAUCACCCUAAGAAAACGCAAGGCUACUUAG